CCUUUUGUUAUCCUUACCACUUUACCAGCAGGCAGAGAGCCUUCCUUUCCCGAUUCUCUAUUUCCUUUCCUCAUUCCCAAUCUUCGAUCCUUCCCUAAAAACAACUGACGAGAGAUCGAUGACGAUGAAGAUGCCUUGGAGGAGGAAGAGCAGGAGCUUCUAUCUUCAGCUACAAGGGACAAUUGGUACCAUUCAAUCUCCAUUCCUAUUCUUAUUUACCAAUUAUUGCCAUUCUUCUACUUCCACACUUGAAGAUGCACGCUUCUUGACAAAUAACUUCAAAUCUGCUUCUUUUACCCACCUUGAUGAUGCCAUUGCUUCCUUCAAUCAUGUAAUUCAUAUGCAUCCUCUUCCUUCUAGGGCUCAAUUUAGUAGAUUCUUAUCUGCCCUUGUGAAAAUGAAACAAUAUCACACUGUCUUUUCCAUGUCCAAAACAAUUGAAUUGGUAGGAAUCUCUCACGAUGUUUAUUCUAUUAACAUCUUAAUUAAUUGCUUCUGCCGUUUACAUCUUGUGGAUUUUGGCUUCUCUGUUUUCGGGAAGAUGUUCAAAUUCGGAUUGGAGCCUACCACUGUGACAUUUACUACCUUAAUUAAUGGGCUUUGUAUGGAGAGUAAAAUCGAUAAAGCAGUGGAAUUUUUUGAUGAUAUGGUUGCACGUGGUUAUCAACCUGAUGUUCGUACUUACAGUACGAUAAUAAACGGAAUGUGUAAAUUUGGGAAAACAAAUGUGGCUAUUGGGCUACUAAAGGGAAUGGCUGAUAGAGGUUGUGAGCCAAAUGUUGUGACAUACAAUGCAAUCAUUGACGCACUUUGCAAGGAUGAGCUAGUUGGUGAGGCUUUAGAGCUCUUCUCUCAAAUGAGGAAUAAGGGCAUUUCACCUGAUGUCAUCACUUACACUGGUUUAAUUCACGGUGUUUGCAAAUUAGGCCAAAAGAACCAAGCUUUGGCCUUGAUGAAUGAAAUGGUGGAGCAGAACAUAUCACCUGAUGUUUAUACCUUCAAUGUAUUGAUUGACGCUCUUUGUAAGGAUGGAAUGGUUUCAGAGGCUCAAAAUACAUUCAAUGUAAUGAUUCAAAGAGGUGUAGAGCCUGAUGUGGUCACCUACAAUUCCUUAAUUGAUGGUCUUUGCAUUUCAGACCAAUUCAAGGAAGCUUUGGCCUUGUUGAAAGAAAUGGUGGGGAGGAACAUAUCCCCUAGUGUUUUUACCUUCAAUAUAUUGAUCGACACUCUUUGUAAGAAAGGACUGGUUUCAAAUGCACUGAAAAUAAUCAAGAUAAUGAUUCAAAGAGGUGUGGAACCUGAUGUUGUCACUUAUAAUUCAUUGAUGGAUGGAUAUUGUCUGUGCAAACAAAUUGAUAAGGCUAGAAAGGUAUUUGAUCUGAUGGUGACCAAUGAAAUAGCUGACAUUUUAGGCUACAACAUUUUGAUCAAUGGAUAUUGUAAGUGCAAAAUGAUAGAUGAUGCAGAGGAACUUUUUGAUGAAAUGUCUCAUAAAGGUUUAGUUCCUGAUGUUGUUACUUAUCAUACUCUUAUAAAGGGUAUGUUUCAAGCAGGGAGGCCCCAAAAUGCAAAAGAGCUUUUUAAGGAUAUGUGCUCUCAUGGUCAACAGCCAGAUAUAGUAACCUUCUCAAUUAUGAUUGAUGGCUUGUGUAGACAGGGGAAUCUCGAUGAGGCACUCACACUAUUGAAAGCAAUGGAGAAAAGUCAGUUGAAGCCUAAUGUUGUGAUCUAUAGCAGUCUGAUCAAUGGUAUGUGCAAAGUUGGGAAGAUUAAUGAUGCCAAGGAACUUUUUUCUAGUCUUUUUGAAAUUGGUUUACAACCUGAUGUUUAUGUAUAUAACGCAAUUAUGAAAGGACUCUGCCAACAAGGAUUAAUGGAUGAAGCGUAUAAGGUAUUUAAAGACAUGGAAAAGGUAGGAUGUUUACCAGAUAAUUGUUGUUAUAAUAUCAUCAUUCAAGGGUUUCUCAAGCAUGAGGAUUUACCAAAAGCAUCAGAACUAAUCAACGAAAUGGUUGAUAAGGGGUUCUCUGCUGAUGCUGCUACCACAGAAUUGGUAGUACAUUUAUCGCUGAAUAAUGAUCUCAUUCUAAGCAAACUACGAAAUCGUUCUGAGGCUUCUAAAGGUGUGCAAUGAGGGAUUAGCAAAUUAAAGUUGUUAUAUCUUGACCGUUCAAGGGUGUCUUGGAGAGAAACUUGGUAAUUUGCCUUCUUCAAAUGUAGUAGCGGAAACCAUGAUAUGUGUGUUCCUUUCGCUUGAACUCAGACAUGGACUAGAUCUCUUUGGAUAUAAGGUUGUUGAUGACUGGAGGUCAUAGAUUUCUAAUGAUCAAGUUGCUGGUAAACUCACCAUCUUCCUUACAAUUUUUUUUGGGCUGCUACUACAGCCUAAACUCGAGAGCUCAGUCCUAAGAAUGAGUUGAGAACUAAAACUAAUUGAUUCCAUGCUACAAUGCUUAAGAAUCUUUAUCUAUUUUACUUUUGUGCUCAAUAACCUUUUAAGAUGCUAUCAAUUUUCUUGUAGCUACUUGCUAGGAUAUGAUUACAACUUCACCUUUCUAAACAUAAAGGUAUAAGCAAUUCAUUUUUGAUUGAUUAUUAUAUUUUUAAUAAUAGUGAAAAUAGUGAUUAGAAACAAGUGGAGCUUUAAUGGAGAAUUGAUUUAGCAACUAGACUACCCUAUAAAUGCAGGGUGCAGGAUAUGCAGCCCCAUAAUACAAGUGUAGUGGUUGAGAAAUCUACCAUUUUUUUUUAUCGGUUUCUUGGUUGACAGAAAUCUAGCAAUUAUAGUUGUUGAGAUUGUUGAAUCAUGUGAUAGUAAAUUAGUUACAAUGGCUGUAUAUUAAGGAAAAAUACUUAGGAAAUCAUCUCUGUAUGAUAUAUCUUUAUGAUAUAAUAAUAAUACAAUCAAGUAUGAUCAUUUUGUCAAUAUGGUAUAUAACAAAUAUAUUUUAGACCACCUAUUGAGUUAUUUAUAUGGUGCAUUUUGUGAUACGUUUGUAUGGUGUUAUGAAGGGGAAACACAUUGUUUCUUACUGUUUGAGAAAAGUUAGGCAAGAAAAGUUGCUUUGGUUGUUUCUUUUCUCCUUUCAGCUGUACAUUAAGCGAGAUUUUGUGUUUAGCACAUUGUAAACUUUGUAAUAUACUCAAUAAAAUUUUCUUUGAGCUUUUGUUUAGACAUGGUAUUUUUCUUUUUGCUUGCUGCGUAAUUGUUGAAGUUUUUUUUAUUCUGCAUCCAUGGCAAAUGGAAGUGUUAGUUUUGUCAGAGAAGAUAAGGUUUGACAGGGUACAUAUUGAGAGGUAGGAAACCAAUUGCAAAAUGAUUCAGAUCCUUUGAGUCUUCAAAACACAGAUAAUCCAGGUAUGAUCUUUAUAUCUGCACCUUUAAAUGGACUAAAUUAUUUGAGUUGGAGUAUAUCUAUGACACUUGCUUUAAGAGCAAAGCCAAGUUAGGAUUUGUAAAUCGUAGUGUGCAAAUUCCUCCUGUUGGCUCCACUGGUUUUGAGAAGUUGAUGAGAGUUGAUAGCAUGAUGAGUUAGAUUUUGAAUUCCAUCUCUAAGGAUCUAGUGGAAGUUUUUUGUAUGCAUAUAGUGCAAAGGAUUUAUGGGAGGAAAUUAGAAGAAAGAUUUAAAGGACCUAUGUUAGUUGGUGUUUUCUUUACAAAAUUGAAGAAACUAUGGGAUAAACUUGGUGUUUGAAAGCAUCAUCUAACUAUUUGUGAAUGUGGUGCUUUUGAAGUAUAGCUUGAGAGAGAGAAUUAAUGAGUUGUAAAGCUUUUGUAAAGAGUUUCAGGUAGAUUAUGUGGCAUUUGUAAAGCUUUUGGGCACAUAGAUACCCUGGUUGGUUUAAAAAUUAUAAGCAAAAGAAGAUUGGCUUUAACAAUGAAAAUCAUACUUAUGGAACCACUGAGGACCUUCGGAACUCACAUCAGUUAUGGAACCACUGAGGACCUUCGGAACUCACAUCAGUUAUGGAACCACUGAGGACCUUCGGAACUCACAUCAAUUGUAGAGUGUGCGUGUAUAGGAUUUAGAUGAAAUUAAGGACUUUGUCAAAUAUAUUUUU